AUGCUCAAAUCUUGGAAGUCGACCCUGAGGCUGCCUCGGUCGAGUUUUCCUGCUCGGCCGAACCCCAAGCUUGCACCACAAUAUCUUCGACAAUGUACCGAUGAUCUCUAUGUAUGGCAAGGGGAGAAUCGCCCCGAGGAGAAGUCAUUCACACUCCAUGAUGGUCCUCCGUAUGCCAAUGGCAACCUCCAUGUCGGCCACGCCAUGAACAAGGUGCUUAAAGAUAUGACUGUGCGUGUAAAGGUGCAGCAAGGUCAAAAGGUCACAUAUCGACCAGGCUGGGACUGCCAUGGCCUUCCAAUUGAGAUGAAAGCAUUGGGAUCAAGCGCAACGAAAGGGUUGACGCCUGUUCAGAUCCGGGACACAGCGCGGCGGUUGGCCUCCAAGACAGUCAAGGACCAGAUGAAGGGUUUCCAAGCACUUGCUGUCAUGUCAGAUUGGGAAAAGAGAUGGACUACAAUGGACCGAGAAUUUGAGAUCAGGCAACUGCGUGUCUUUCAGAACCUGGUGCGUCGAGGUCUGAUUUACCGAAAGCAUAAACCUGUCUAUUGGUCAGCUUCAUCGAGGACAGCGCUCGCCGAGGCAGAGUUGGAAUACCGGGAUGAUCAUGUCUCCAAGGCCGCAUAUAUCAGGUUCCCAAUUGUCUCCGACUUGUCCUCGAUACCCGAGCUAGCCAACUUCGACGGGAAAUUAUAUGCAGCUAUCUGGACGACGACACCCUGGACCCUCCCAGCCAACCGUGCCAUUGCCAUCCACAACGAAAUCUAUUAUUCUGUAAUUCAAGUCGGCUCGGAUGGGUAUCUUGUUGCCUCUGACCGCGUGGAGGCUAUGAGGGAAAUGCUUCCGGACUUCCAAGUUGUGGUCGACUCCAUCCCAGGCUCCAGCUUGAAGGGUCUUGAGUACCAGAACCGAUUGCGAGGCAAAUCUGCCCCAUCUCAGUCGAUUAUCGAGGCUGAUUUCGUCACUGCGGACUCUGGUACUGGCCUCGUGCACAUUGCUCCUGGACACGGACAAGAUGACUACGAAGCCUGCUCUAAACUCGGCAUCGAGGCGUUUGCCCCUAUCGACGAUGGUGGUCACUUCACCAAGGAGGCCUAUCCUGAUGACCCCGAGAAGCUCACAUCCGCGCCCUCCAUCUUGGACGGCGGAAGCCAAGCUGUCCUAGAUCUAGUGAAUGAUGAUGUGCUUGGAACUCACAAGUUGCGCCACAAGUAUCCUUAUGACUGGCGAACGAAGCGGCCUGUUGUGACUCGUGCUACAGCUCAAUGGUUUGCCGAUGUUGGCAGCAUCAAGGAAGAUGCUCUUGCUGCCUUGAAAGACGUCCGUUUCGUACCGGAAGGCGGCCGCGUUCGCCUCGAGAGUUUCAUCAAAGGCCGCAGCGAGUGGUGCAUCUCGCGCCAACGGUCAUGGGGUGUGCCCAUCCCAGCCCUAUACGACGAGAGUGGCAAUGCUGUAAUGACGGUAAAAACUAUCGAGCAUAUUAUCUCUGUUAUGCAAGAGCGCACCUCGUCUGCCUGGUUCUCCGAUGGCCCAGAUGAUCCUGCUUGGAUUCCUUCCAACUUGCAGGGCAAGUAUCGCCGGGGUACUGAUACCAUGGAUGUUUGGUUUGACAGUGGCAGCUCUUGGACGGAGACUGAGAGUCGUGCCGAUGUUUAUCUUGAAGGAUCUGACCAACAUCGUGGUUGGUUCCAAUCCAGCCUGUUGACUUAUGUAGCAACACAAAAGUCAAGGGAGACUACCGACAAGAUUUCGGCUCCCUUCAAGACUUUGGUCACCCAUGGCUUCACCCUUGACGGACAAGGCAAGAAAAUGUCAAAGUCGCUGGGCAACAUGAUUGUCCCUAGCCAGGUCAUGGACGGCAGUCUACUGGGGCCUGUUAAGACAAAGGGUCAAGGCGGACCACAGUCAAACGGUCUCGGUGCGGAUGCUGUUCGCUUGUGGGCGGCAAGUGCUGAUUUCACAACGGAUGUGCUCAUCGGACAAACCAUUCUUCAGCCUGUUCAGACGUCACUGAUUAAGUACCGAACCAUCAUCAAGAUGCUCCUUGGGUCCUUGAAUCAAGAAGCCCGCCAGAGUCCGUUGACGAAGUUGGAUCAGAUUGCGCUUGUCCAACUCUCCGAUACCAUGUCGCAGGUAAUGGAGUCAUACAACGACUUUGAGUUCUACAGAGCGGUGAGUAUGAUUAACCGCUGGGUUGCAGCCGACUUAUCGGCAUUCUACUUGGAGGGCCUGAAGGAUCGACUAUAUUGCGGUGAUGGAGGAGGUGUUCUUGAGCCCAUCUUCAUCGGCUUCCUUCGCAUGUUGGCACCAAUCACUCCUAUGCUCGUUGAAGAGGCGUGGUCGCAUAGGCCAACAUGGAUGGCCGAAGAUUCAUCUUUGGAGAAUCCCGCUCGUCAGCUAUAUAACGCGCCUCUUAUUGACCCUCUACGCUUGACGCUUCCCCAAGAUGUGGUGCGUAAGGACCAGGCCAUUAUCACUGAAGUCCACAGCGCCGUCAAGGCCACGCUAGAAGAGGCACGGACAGCCAAGGUGCUUGGCAGUUCUCUUCAGAGCUCAGUCAUCCUUGAGAUUGAGGAUGGCAAAGCGGCAGCUGUUCUUGGACGCUACGUGGAAGAACUGCAGGACAUCUUCGUGGUGUCUUCAGUGCAACUGAAUCAACCCAUCCCUGAUCAGCCUGAAUGGGCCUACCAGAAGGAGUUUGAGAUUCAAGAUGCCAAGGUCAAGGUGCACGUGCUUCCACCAAAGCAGGAGAAGUGCUCUCGAUGCUGGCGAUAUGUGGCGCCUGCGGAAGACGCGCUGUGUGGCAGAUGCGAGGAGGUUGUUGGUACAUUGCCAGCUUCGGCUUGA